AUGUCGGACUCGGACUUCGACCAGAUCCGCAAGCUGCAGGCCGAGCGCAAUGCCGCUGCAGCGGCCAAGAAAGGAGCCUCACGAGACCUCUCCUCCCAGCGCGACUCGUCCACGAAGGCCAGCCUGACCGAAGCCUACGACACCGAGCUUUACGAGCGCAAUGGCGCCGACAAGUUCGCCGGCUACCACACCUCGCUGCCUGCCGGCGAUGAUGAUGGCGAUGACAUGGACGUCGACGGUCCCGACAACUCGCGCCGCCUGGUCGGGCAGUACACCGCCACCCAAUCGCAGAUCGACGAGUUUGCACGGGGCGAGGGUGUCGAAGAGGAGGAUGUGCUCCUGGGCAAGGGCGAACGCAGCAACCGCAUCUCGGACCGGGAGACGGAUUAUCAGAAGAGGCGCUUCAACCGCGUCCUGACGCCCACACGCGCCGACCCCUUUGCGGCUAACAGGCAGGCGGGUGCCGCCGGCGAGGAUGGCGAGACCUACAGGAGCGUCAUGGAGAAGGCGGAGCUGGAGCGGGAGGAAGAACGAGUGAGGAAGGCCAUCGAGGAUAAGAUGAAGAACGGGGACGCCGAUGCGACCGAGGAACACAAACCCACACUGGCCCUGCCCAACGGAGAUAAGGAGAACGAGGAAGCCGGCUCUACUGAGGCUGCGGCUGGUCGGAAGCGCAAGAAGAGGUGGGACGUGAGCUCGACGGACGAUACAACACCUGCUCCGGAACCACAGCCCGAGAAGAAGAAGAGGUCGAGGUGGGACGAAGCUCCCGCCAUCCAAGUCCCAGGCGCCGAAGCCACCAAGAAGCGGUCGCGUUGGGACCAGGCUCCGGCCGCUACACCCGUUGGGAACACGGGCCUCGCUACACCCAUGCACCCCUCUCAGGGCUCGAUGCUCCCCGCGGCACCCAUCGGUAUGGACAUGUCAGCACGGAAUGCGCCCAUUAGCGACGAGGAGCUCGAUGCCAUCCUGCCGGGCGAGGCCGACGGAUACAAGGUUUUGGAGCCGCCGCCGGGCUACGCCCCAGUUCGUGCUCCUGCACACAAGCUCGUGCAGACUCCGGUCCAGACGACUGGGUUUAUGAUGCAGGAUCCCAACUCGGCGCGUCUGGGAGGGAACCAGUUACCAAAAGAGAUCCCUGGCGUUGGUGAUUUACAAUUCUUCAAGCCUGAGGACAUGCAGUAUUUCUCCAAACUGACCGAGACUGUUGACGAGGAACACUUGAGCGUGGAUGAGCUCAAGGAGAGGAAGAUCAUGAGACUGCUCCUCAAGAUCAAGAACGGUACACCGCCCAUGCGAAAGACUGCACUGCGUCAGCUAACCGACAAUGCACGAAGCUUUGGCGCCGGCCCCCUCUUCAACCAGAUUCUGCCACUUCUAAUGGAGAGGACACUCGAGGACCAGGAGCGCCACUUGCUGGUCAAGGUCAUCGACAGAGUGCUGUACAAGUUGGACGAAUUGGUGAGGCCAUAUACACACAAGAUUCUUGUCGUCAUCGAGCCUCUUCUGAUCGACCAAGACUACUAUGCUCGAGUGGAGGGUCGUGAGAUCAUCUCUAACCUGGCUAAAGCCGCCGGCUUGUCGACCAUGAUCAGUACCAUGCGACCUGAUAUUGACCACGUCGACGAAUACGUCCGAAACACAACGGCCCGUGCCUUUGCCGUUGUCGCCUCGGCACUCGGAAUUCCCGCCCUCAUCCCCUUCCUGCGAGCUGUCACGCGAACCAAGAAGAGUUGGCAGGCACGGCACACUGGUGUCAAGAUUGUGCAGCAGAUUGCCAUCCUGAUGGGCUGCUCCGUCCUGCCCCACCUCACAGACCUGGUCGAGUGCAUCAGGCCCAACCUGAACGACGAGCAGACCAAGGUGCGUACUGUCACGGCGCUCGCGACAGCGGCACUGGCUGAAGCUGCCAACCCCUACGGUAUUGAAAGCUUCGAUAGUAUCCUCAACCCGCUGUGGACAGGCACGAAGCGGCAACGAGGCAAGAAUCUGGCUGCCUUCCUCAAGGCUGUUGGAUUCAUUAUCCCGUUGAUGGACGAGGAGUACGCCAACUACUACACCUCGCAAAUCAUGGAUGUCGUGCUGCGAGAGUUCCAGAGUCCUGACGACGAGAUGAGGCGUGUGGUCUUGACAGUGCUGUCCAAGAUGUCUCAGACCGAGGGCGUCACGGCAGGUUACCUCAAGUCUCAUGUGCUGGAUGACUUCUUUUCUAACUUCUGGGUCCGUCGAGUGGCACUGGAUAAGCGGAACUACCGCUCGGUUGUCGAGACGACCUGCGAUCUCGGACAAAAGGUUGGCGUCAGCGAAAUCCUGGAGAGGAUUGUGGGUAACCUGAAGGAUGAGAGCGAAGCUUACCGUAAAAUGACAGUCGAAACCAUUGAGAAGCUCGUCGCAUCUCUUGGCGCUGCAGACAUCGGCGAGAGGCUAGAGGAGCGACUCAUCGACGGCAUCCUGCACUCGUUCCAGGAGCAGUCUGUCGAAGAUGUCGUGGUGUUGAACGCCUUCGGCUCGUGUGUCAACGCGUUGGGCACCAGGACCAAGCCAUACCUGCCGCAAAUUGUCAGCACCAUUCUGUGGCGGCUCAACAACAAGAGCGCGGCGACCCGACAGCAAGCCGCCGACCUCAUCUCCCGUAUCGCCAUGGUUAUGGCCCAGUGCGGCGAAGACGCUCUCCUGGGCAAGCUGGGCAUCGUGCUCUACGAGUACCUGGGUGAGGAGUACCCCGAAGUCCUGGGUGCCAUCCUCGGCGCUCUGCGAUCCAUCGUUACCGUCGUUGGUAUCAACCAGAUGCAGCCCCCUAUCAAGGACCUGCUCCCGCGGCUGACGCCCAUCCUUCGAAACCGGCACGAGAGGGUGCAGGAGAACGUUGUCGACCUGGUCGGUCGUAUCGCCGAUCGCGGGCCCGAGUCCGUCAACGCGCGCGAGUGGAUGCGUAUCUGCUUCGAGCUGCUCGACAUGCUCAAGGCACACAAGAAGGGCAUCCGCCGUGCUGCCAACAACACCUUUGGUUUCAUCGCCAAGGCCAUCGGUCCCCAGGAUGUGCUGGCGACGCUGUUGUCCAACCUUCGGGUGCAGGAGCGUCAGAGCCGUGUCAACACGGCAGUUGCCAUCGGCAUCGUCGCCGAGACGUGCGCGCCGUUCACGGUGCUGCCGGCGCUGAUGAACGAGUACGCCUCGGUAGCGGAGCUCAACGUGCGCACGGGCGUGCUCAAGUCGCUAUCCUUCCUGUUCGAGUACAUCGGCGAGAUGGCCAAGGACUACGUGUACGCGGUGGUCCCCUUACUGGAGGACGCGCUCAUCGACCGGGACCAGGUGCACCGGCAGACGGCGGCGUCGGUGGUCAAGCACAUCGCCCUGGGCGUGGUGGGCCUGGGGCUCGAGGACGCCAUGCUGCACUGCCUGAACCUGAUCCUCCCCAACGCCUACGAGCAGUCCCCGCACGUCAUCGACCGCGUCAUCGAGGCCAUCGAGGCCAUCCGCGUCGCGGUGGGGCCGGGCCUGGUCAUGAACUACGUCUGGGCGGGGCUGUUCCACCCGGCCCGCAAGGUGCGCCAGCCCUUCUGGCGCAUCUAUAAUGAUGCGUAUGUCAUGCAGGCUGAUGCUAUGGUGCCUUAUUAUCUUAACCUGUCUGAGGAUGGGAUCGAUCGGGGGGAGCUGGGGAUUAUAUUGUAG